UGUGAAAUGUUUGAUAGAUGUUUUUUUGUUGGUUUUGUUUUUUAUCUCUCACAGUAGUUGUUUCUUCUGCUCUCCACAGAACGCAGUGAAGCUCAUCUCAGACCUUGAUCUCAACAAGGACCUUCUUCAGGAGGUUUAAUAUUGAAGGGGUACAGAAGAGAACCGAAUUCCAGUGCUGAAAUGACGCAGAGCGCAUUUGCGGAUUGACGCACAGUUUACAGAAACACCUGCGGUGUCCCGAGUUGACGCACAGGGUAACACGUGAGCAUGCAGUUUCGCAUUAACACCUGGGCACAGAGUGAGUUAACGAUUGCACUGUUAAAUACAAGAUUACUAAUCGUGAGACUGGAAAAGAUUGAGCUGGACGUGAGACUCGAAAUGGAUUUGCUUGAAGAAACAUCUAAACCAGGAUAGUCUUGUUUGCACCACAUCUUCCCCGCGAUAGUGAAAAUUGGCCAACCUUUUUUUUUUUUUUCUCCCCGUUCACUCGUCUGACAGACCGGAAGUUUGUCUGCCGCCUGUCUCCUGUGUUGUCUCGCUUGAAACCUGGGACACUAAUCAAGCAGGCCGUCGCUCGAGAUGUUCUCAGGAAACACGGAGCGUGAGGAAUACGAAGACGAGUUGUAUGCCGAGGAAGAGGACGAUGGCGACUCCGAGCCUGACAGCGAUCUCGAGUUCCAGCUCUAUUCCCAGCUCCACUACUGCACCGAUGACCAGGAGAAACUUCCCGAGAACCAGCAAAGCUCUGGACAUGAGGCUCAGGAAGCUCAAGAACCUGGCCAGAGAGUCCAGCUUCACGCUGCUCCUCCUGACGAUGCUAUUCUGAUCGACUCGGGCACGGACGUCAUAACGGUCUCGGAUAACACCGAGGAGGAGGAGAGCGUGUGCGCCGGGAAAGGUCAGAGGUCAAAAGGGAAGGGGGCGACUCCUGUUCCACAGCUUCAACAUCACCUCCUAGAAAACGUGGUGGUCCUGGAUUCGGAGUCGGACCAGAGCUCUGAUUCGGGAUUGAUUCCGCCGUAUGUGGUGGAUCCCGAUUUGGAUUCGGAUUCAGACUCGGAUUCGGACGGAUUGGAGAGCUGGAUGAUUCUCGGUCGGGAAAAGGAGGAAGGAGACCAGGACAUACAGCUCAACGUCUUCACAGUGCGCAACCGGGACGAGUCAGAGUUUGUCCACGUCGUAGAGGGCGAGCAGAACUGGACCGUCUCGAACAAAGACAAGGAGGCUCAGAUCUUCAACAAAGGUGCAGGCUCGAGGCGCGUCUCAAAUCGCUACUACACUGAGAAGACGGUCACCUGCCACAACUGCAACAAGCUCGGGCACCUCUCCAAAAACUGCCCCAUUCCCAAGAAGGCACUGUGCUGUUCGUUGUGUGGUCUCCAGGGCCACUUUGUGAAGAGCUGUCCGAACCGUCACUGCUCGAACUGCGCACUUCCUGGUCACACGUACGACGACUGCCUGGAGAGAGCGUACUGGCACAAGCGCUGCCACCGCUGCUCCAUGACCGGCCACUUCGCCGACGCCUGCCCUGACAUCUGGAGGCAGUACCACCUCACGACGACAGAGGGUCCUCCGGUCCAAUCCCUCCAUCCUGAGGCUCACAGAUCUACUGCGUACUGCUACAACUGCUCUCGGAUGGGACACUUCGGCCACGAGUGCACAGAGAGGAGGAUGUUUAACGGAACCUAUCCUACGCUGCCUUUCUCCUCCUCGUACGACACACAUUACGACAUCAAGCGUCGAGAACAUCGAGCUCACCUCCGGGCCAAAGAGCUACAAGAAGCCGGACUCCUCGAUCGGGCCGAAGCCGCUCCGACUCCGCAGCCUCCCAGGAAGAAAUGGAAAAACACUCAUUUCCCCUCAGCGCCGCUCCCUCGCACGCCCCACACACACACCCCGAAGAGACGCAUCGCCCACACGCCGAAACACCCCCCUCAGACCACGCCCAAACACAACACACACCUGCACUGGCGGCAGGACACGCCCGGUCCGAACAGAAAGAAGAACACCAACACCACCCCCAUGUCGAACUGCCCUUACAGCGCCACCGCGGCCCGUUUCGAUGGCAAGAAAAAGAAAAAAAACAAGAACCCGAACGCUACCAACGAGGAACAGGACUUCCCCCGAGGCUUCCAGAAAAGUCCCAGAAACAACGGAGCGCUCAUUCACACGCCAGGCAGAGGCCGGAAAAACCCCGGGGGGCUGUUCGGCUCGGAAAAGAGCAAGAAGAAGAAACGCACUGAGAAGAAAAGGGCGAGAAAAGCAGCAAGAGACCCCGAAAACCUGUUUCUGAUCAAACAAAGGAAGCGAAGUACAUAGUGUGUGUGUGUGUGUGUGUGUGUGUGUGUGUGUGUGUGUGUGGAAUGGAAGGAAAGUUUGUGAAGGAACGGUGUAACUAGUAACAAGUAACAAUUUGUCUCCCUCUAGUGGACAUCAUUAGUAUUACACCCCGAGAAUUUAGUGUGACCUCAAAGUUUACAGGGUUUUUGUCCGAUCACUCGCGGUGUCCGAUGUUUUUUUCCGAACCUGUUCGAAGGCGCACACUACAGUAAACAAGAAAUUUUAUUUUCCUUUUAACUGUCCGUCUACAGCAAAGGAUUUCAGUAAUGUUCCUGGUUUGUUCUGGUUUCGACAACGAUCAUAUCUGCUGCUGUGAACGCUGCUGCCAAACACAAUGACCAUUUUAAUACUCGUCUUCGAUGGAUCUUUGGGGGGGUAUAAAAGAUUUUUCUUUGUAGAUUGUGUAACUGGCUCUGGUUCUGCGGCAGCACCGAAUAAAAGUGUGAGUGGUCUUUUUUUGUUCUAUACCUUUUUUUUUUUUUUUUUGACUAAAGUUUGUUUGAUUUGUCUAAUUUGUAUUCUUCGUCUGUCGGAGCAUCAGCAGCCAAUCACAGGCUACGAGCUCAUGUAUGUGGAAGAGGGCGGACAGCUCAAGUGUGUCACUGCUUCCUGGGACGUGGUCAAGUUUUACAAAAUGAGAUGAAUAAAGAUCAAGAUAUA